AUGCAAAGUGAGAAAGCUGCCUCGCUGUACCAGGUUCCAGUCACGCCAGAAAUUGGUGAGCUCUACCAGGUGCCGGCGCCCUGUAAGUCGGUGCCACAUUCUCCUGUCGAGGUGGCCCUUCAGUGGCUCUACAGUGGUUCUCGAGUGCGCUACGGGGCUCGGGAGCCGGCCCGCUGGGCUGCCGUGGCUGCUGUGGGUGUUGUGCGUAAGGGGCCUCUUCAGCGCUUUGCAGGACCUUGCUGGUUGAGAAUACAGGCGCUUGCAGCGAGCCCAGGUGGUUGGUCUGCAUUGGGCCUGCAUCCGCAAAUUUCCUCGGCCGGCUAUUUCUUGCUGCUACCUAUCUGGGCGCCUGUUGCCCUGCCAUCUCUUGUAAUUACAGUUGAACCCCUAUAA